GUACUCCAUACUUCAGUAAUCCACAACGGCGACUCUAUCGCCAUUUUAUCUGUGUGUGCAUACAGUGUCCUUGAUAGAUAAAGACAUAGAUGUUCACCCCACUAUAAUGUUUUUAAUAUGGCAUUAUUAUAUAUUUUCAAUUUUGUAUGUUUCUAAUCUCUACUUUGUAAUAAUUUAUACUUAGUUGUAAACUUGUAUUUUAGUAAGUUCGCUUGACGUUUGUGCAUUGUGAAUUGUGUUAUAUGGAUAGUGGAUAGUGGAUAGUGGCCAUUGGCCAUUGGCUGGUAAGCAGUUAAGCAGCCAUCAGUGGAUACUUUUCAAGCUCGUUGCCUGCGACAAAUCACUUUUUCAAUUAUGGAGAGCGAUAAUAUUUCAAAUGAUGAAUCUACAAAUUGGAAAGGAAUAAGUCAAAGUUUACUGCCUAGGAGUUUUGGUAAACAAUUGUUCCCAUCACUUAUACCUAGUUCUGCGCAUACACUAUUAUUUAAAAUACCAAUUGGUAUUAACAAAAUGCCAGAAGCAUAUCCCAAAGAAUAUUGUGAUACCUGGGAUGACAAUCAUGUAAAGAUGCCAUGCUCUAAACAUAAUUUGUUUUUAGUUCAUCACAAUGAUAAAAGUUCUAAAAAAAAUCGUUGGGAUAUUAUCACUUAUAAUUUAAGUAAACCAAUAUUGUCAAGUGAAGAAUUAGAAAAAGCUAUUGUAUCAUAUAAUCCAAAGUAUAAAGACAAAUGGCGAUUCUAUUUACUACACUCAUUUUUUGAUGAAUGUUUAAAUGAGGAAGAAACAGAAGAAUUUUUUAAUAAUUUAUUACCAAAAAUCAUUAAAUUGGCAUUGCAAUUGCCUACAUUAGUAACUAAACCAAUACCUUUGUUGAAACAAACUCAUAAUCACUCUAUAUCAUUAAGUCAAAUGCAAAUUGCCUGUCUCUUGGCUAAUGCUUUUUUAUGUACAUUCCCACAUCGAAACGUCAGCAAUUCAAAGUCUGAGUAUUCGGAAUAUCCGUACAUAAAUUUUAACGGAUUUUUCCAAUUAAUGGUAAAUUCUUCAGCUAAUCAUUAUUUGUAUGAAAAGUUGAAAUGUAUCAUUUGUUAUUUUAAAAAGGUCACUAGUUCUAAUUCUGUUCUCAAUGGAAUUGUAACAUAUUCCAGAAGAAGAUUGCCAUCUGGGGAUUUACCAUAUUGGUUACAAUCAACAAAGAAGUUGACGAAUUUGUUUAUAACAUCUGAUGGGACAAUAGAAGAUAAUGGUGAUGGAAUGCUUCAAGUAGAUUUUGCAAAUAAAUUUAUUGGAGGAGGCGUUCUUGGUCAUGGUAGUGUACAAGAAGAAAUUCGUUUUCUAAUUUGUCCGGAACUAUUAGUGUCUAUGCUGUUCUCAGAAAAGAUGUUACAUACAGAGGCAAUUAUUAUUACAGGUGUGGAGAGGUUCAGUGAUUACAGUGGAUAUGCAAAUUCUUUUGAAUGGAAAGGUGUUCAUUUAGAUGUUACUCCUGUUGAUGACAAUAAUCGCCGCUAUACUACUAUUGUUGCAAUUGAUGCACUGUACUACAAUGAUCCUAAAAAUCAAUUUAAAACAAAAAAUUUAAGACGAGAGCUGCAUAAAUCAUUUGCUGGAUUUUCAUGGGGACAAAAUUCAGAGUGUUCCAAUGUUGCAAUAGCAACAGGAAAUUGGGGCUGUGGUGCUUUUCGUGGAGACUGUCAUCUAAAAUCAUUGUUGCAAUUAAUGAGCGCUGCUCAAGCCGAUCGAGAUGUUGCUUAUUUUACAUUUGGUGAUACCAAAUUGAUGGACUCAAUUCAUAGUAUGCAUACAUUUUUGAAAAGCAAAAAUAUUACAGUUGGUGAAGUUUCUAGAAUACUUCUUAAAUACUACGCAUGCUUGGAAACCUUACCAUGUGUUGGAGUACAUGAUUAUAUUUAUGAUGCUAUUACAAACAAAGCCUGGCAGGUAUUUGAGAAUAAAGAAUAUCAAUCUGGAGUAUUCCCGCAGUAUUCUCAGAAUCAAUUUUUAAAGAAUAAUUAUAAAGCAGUAGAGUCUAACACUAAGGUACUCCCAGCUUCUGAAAAUUCAAACACGGAAAAUGAUCAAACUCCAGAGCAGUCCCAUCCUUGUUCAAGUUCAAUUUUGUUUGAGUCUAGGCCUUGUUCGAGUUCAAAUCUAACAAAGACAACUCCAGAAGAGUUUCAGACUUCUUUAAGUUCAGACAUAAAAAUCCCAUCUCCAGAAGUGCCCCAGUUCACAAAUUCUAACUUAAUAAAAUCAAUUUCAGAAGAGUCUGAGUGUUGUUUAAAUACAACUUUCAUCAAAUCACCUUCUGAAGAGUCUCAAAUAUCUUCAAGUAUAAGGAUAAUAGAGUCAACUCCAGAAAAAAUUGAAGAGGAAACAAAAUUAAGAAAUGUUAAUGUUAUAGGUGCCACAGACCAUAUAAAUGAACUAGAUACCCAAGAUGUUAGGUUUUUGCCUGUAAAUCAGUUUAGACUAAACAAUGACAAGGAGCGAACAAUGUGUAUUAAUCAGCAGAAAAAUAGCUGGUUACAAUUGAAUGAUUCCAAAAAAGAUUUUCAAUCUGCUGUAGAAAAAUCAUCAGCUACAGGACAGUUGAGUAUUCUCAAAAGAGAUAGAGAAGAACAAGAUGGAGGGAAAAGAGUAGUUAAACGUAAAAUAUCUGAUUACUUUUCACCAAAAAGAUAAUAUUGUUCUGUUUUUAAUAAUUUUGAUUAAAUUUGAUGUGUAUAUAUUUCAUAAAUUUAGAUUUUAAUUUUCAAUAUAAAAACAUUAAAGUUGA